AUGGUUGGAAAAACGUCGACUACUCCAGGUGGCAGCCACAGUUGUGGAAAUCCACCCAUGGUACAAGCCAUGGCAGGGGCACGGAUUCUGGAGGCCCCGACAACCGUCAUCACCACCACUACUGCACCGGUGGCAAACUUGGCCGAUGCAGCGGACAUAGCUACAAGCAGCAGCAGCAGCAAAAAGCACGGACUGUGCACAAACGGAGGCAAUCCUUUCGCCAAAGGAAGCAAGAUCGCCAGGACACCACCGCAGGCUCUUCACUCGGCCCCGCCAGCCAUUCGAGGAUUACUUGUCUCGGCUGGAUGCGAAGAAGAGACACCCAAACGGGCAAGGGAAGCAAGCCCUUGCAACACCGAAAGUGGAACCACACCGAAGAAACUAAAAGGACCGCCGCAGGCACCAAACAUUUUGAUGGCCGAACUGGGCAAGAUCUUAGACGAGAUCAUAGAUGGCUCGGUUAAUAAAAAGGCUCCCCCGACGCGCAACACAACCCAAUGGAUGAAGGAGGCACAUCUUAAAAUGAAAUCCAUUCACCUACAGGUAAUGGAGCAGAUGCAGGAAUAUCCGGUGAAGGCUGGACCAUGCCUUGCAUGCGAAACGCGCAAUUCUGCCGCCAAAACCAACAAAGAGGUUACGAAAAGGAAGGAUACCAGGACGGAAGACCCACCGACAGUCAAUAAGAAUGACAGGAGGAGGAAAAAGAAGUCGCCAAUCCAGGAGCGGACUCCAAGGACCCGAAGCCCCGCAGCAACAGCAGUAUCAUCAGGACCAGUAGUAGCUGAAACAACUCACGCAACGAACAUCGCUGGAGGGAAAUGGCACAAGGUGAAAAGCAAGCCGAGACCCAUUAAAAAGAAGAGGCCAGACGUCAUCAUGGUGAAGUGUAAAGACCCAGCCAAUUACGCGAUGGUACUGAAGUCAGUCCACACAGACGCCGGAAUCCAGCAGUUCAAGGAGAAUGUAUGUGCGGUUCGACGCAUAGCAGCCGGGGAACUACUCCUACAGUUGACCAAGCCAGCGGACGAAGCAACUGGUAAACUGCAGCAGGCAGUGAAACAGGCACUUGGAGACACCGCUGAUGUCAAGGCGAUCAGCGAUAAGGCCAUGGUCGAAAUAAAGGAUCUCGCAGAAUUCCACACUGCAGAUGAUCUUCUGCUCGCCGUCCUGGAACUGAUCGACGAGGAUUUGCCGGCAGAAUGUCACCCAAAGAUGCGGAAAGCGUACAGCGGUACACAGACGGCAACAAUGAUGGUGAACCCGAAUCUGGCGAAUAAGCUGCUGCAGGCGGGCAAAAUACGAGUAGGCAUGUGCAUAUGCCGAGUACGCCUGAAGACUGAGCCGAGACGGUGCUACAAGUGUCUGGACUUUGGGCACACAGCAGCUCGGUGCAGAAGCAAGCACGACGCGUCCAAGCUAUGCUUCAACUGCGGUAGCAAGGAUCACGCUUCAAAGCAAUGUGACCAGAAGGCAGCGUGCAUACUUUGCACACGACAUAAGCGGAGCAAUACGGCGCACAACACGCUCAGCAGAGCUUGCCCGUUGUCGGCACAGGACCUCUUAAAACAAACUGUGCGGGACCUGAAAGUAGAUUUCUCAAUCUUGUGCGAGCCAUAUUCCCAUAUACAGGACCACAGCUGGACGCAAAACCACCGUUAUGGCGCGGCAAUUUGGAGCAACAGCAGGACACAUCUGGAGAAUCAGCACAGAGCGGACGGAUAUGUAAGGGCGAGGUACAAUGGAGUAUAUGUCUACAGCUGCUACAUAGCACCGAGCAAACACAUCGACGAAUUCUGCAGCAUACUGGAUGGAUUAGUGGAGGACGCCAGAACCCACACGCCAACCAUCAUAGCCGGCGACUUCAAUGCAUGGGCUGGCAGAGGCUCCGUGAUUGACCUCACGUUUGCUAGCCCUUGCCUAGCCCGCAGCGCGCAGUGGGCAGUUUCGGAUAUCUACACGCACAGCGACCACUUCGCCAUUGUGUGCUCUAUCAAGAGUUGUCCACCUGCACACACACCAACGACGUUCUACAGCUGGGCCCCAAGCACGCUGAGCGAAGAAGCGUUAUUCACCAUGAUGACCCAAGUGACAAGGAGCAGCAGCACGGACGCGGACACCCAGGCCAACCACAUGGGCGACAUUCUUCGCAGAGCAUGUGAUGCAGCCAUGAUACGCAAACGGCAUGGACUCAAUAAAUGUAAGCCAGUACAUUGGUGGAAUGCCAGGAUUGCGGAUGCCAGGAGGCAAUGUCAUCAGGCCAGACGACGACAGCAACGUGCCCGCAGAAUGCCCACGUUUCCGGAGCUGCUUGCAGACUACAAGCGGAAAAGAGCCAACCUAAAUAUGGAGAUCAAGAGAAGUAAAGCGGACUGCUGGAAGAAGUUGUGCGCAGAUGCAGAUGCGCAGCCACAUGGGACUGCCUAUAAACUGGUUAUGGGCAAACUCGCCAGGCGCAUAAUGCCAACGGAUCCAACCAAGUUGGGUCACAUUGUAGCAACGCUAUUCCCUUCAAGGCCGACGAGGAACUUAGCAGCGAGCGGAACACCAUGUGCACCGAUAUUCACAGAUGUUGGUGAAGUCGUGGAAGCAGGGAAGAGGAUAAACGUACAUAAGGCCCCGGGCCCGGACGGGGUCCCGGCUCUUGUAAUCAAACUGCUAGUUUGCAAACACGCGUCGACGUUUGUGGAACUUUUCAACACAUGCAUGCUGCAACGGGAGUUCCCUACGAGGUGGAAGCUACAAAGGUUGGUCCUGCUUCCCAAAGGUGAUAAAAUAGAUGACCCAUCUGCAUACAGACCCCUGUGUAUGCUUGAUGUGAUUGGGAAACUUUUUGAGCGCAUCAUUUGCAACAGACUGGAGAAGGAACUGGAGCAACGUCAUGGACUGUCGGACUGGCAGUUCGGAUUCAGGAGGAAAAGCAGCACUAUCAACGCCAUCAGCUCGGUGGUACAGAUAGCCGCUAAAGCAAUCGAAGGGCAACGCUGGAAAGGCGGCAACAAAAAAUACUGCCUUAUAUCAACGUUGGAUGUACGGAAUGCCUUUAAUUCGGCCAGCUGGGACUCCAUUAUCGCAUCCCUAGAGCGAUUAAACAUAUCUGAGUACAUCAUUAACCUGAUAUGCAGCUACUUCCGGGAUCGGGUGCUACUGUACGACACAGCAGCUGGUCCACGGAAACACACCAUCACAGGCGGAGUACCCCAAGAAUCAGUGAUCGGGCCAACAUUGUGGAAUGUCAUGUAUGACACUGUCCUGCGAUUGGACAUGCCAACGGACACUCGCAUAGUGGGAUUCGCGGACGACAUCGCCAUCGUCACUGUGGCCAAGGAUAUCCAGCAAGCGGAAGAAAACACCAAUGCAGCAGUGUUCAGGAUUCUGGAAUGGAUGGAGGCCAACUCACUAUCCAUAGCCGCACACAAAACCGAGGCCGUGCUCAUAAGCAGCAGGAAAAAAGUGGAAACAGCCAGGAUCGAAGUCGCCGGAUGCUCAAUAACAUCAAAGCCUGCCAUUAAAUACCUUGGAGUCAUGAUGGACCAUAGGCUAACAUUCAAAGCCCACCUGCAGUAUACCGCAGAUAAAGCUGCGAAGGCCACGUCAGCUAUAACUCGGCUCAUGGCUAACGUCGGCGGCCCCAAGCAACGGAGCAGAUGGCUCAUCUCGACGGUGCCGGGACUGCAGAUCGUCGUACCGUACAUGCGCGCUCAGGACCAUAUGCGCGUUUAG